AUGGCAAAAUAUUUGGCUCACCGAAGGAGGAAGGAAGAACUGCUGGGCCAAUCUGUUGAUUCCGUGGCCGCUGCAGGUUUCUCAGUGGAGGACAUUGUGCCUCCUAGUCGCGCCUGUCCCGGCCGUAUUCACGAAAUCCGCGAUAACAUGGGCUGGCACGGCAUCAACACAAACCACAGAGGCCAAAUGAACCCCUGUAUCGGCAUCACUCAGCGGGUGGCCAUGGCGGAAAGAAUGUGGAAGCGGCAAACGACCGGCUACUGCACUAUCUGCCAGACCAAUGGCCCGCAGACCCGCAACCUUGCCGCCGAAAAGUUCCAUCGUCAGAUACCAGCCUCCAGCAUGCCGUACAGUUACGGUCCGCACACAGCCCUCUGGGCUCGACAUGAGCAUGCGAAGAAUCAGUCUAUCGGCAGCCACGAUCCCUCAACGAGAUGA